CACGGGGCUUGGUCAGGCUUGUGGGCUUGAAGCUAGAGGAGGCCCCAAUGAGGGAGGAGGAGGCGGAUUGAGGCGCAGAGGAAAGGCCGAGUUUCCCUUGAGAAGAUGGUCAGCUGCCUUUUUGAAUGGAAAGGAAAAGAAACAAACACAAUACAUGAACAGAAAAUCUCUGGAAAAUACCUCAAGCUCCUCAGAGCACCAGUAAAGUGCCCAGUUGCCAAGCCAUGGCAUGUAUAAAGAUUUGGUGCAUAUUGGGACUAGGAGUCCUGGUUUCUCUCACUCGGGCUCAUAAUGAUUUCUUCACAUCCAUUGGUCAGAUGACUGAUUUGUUGUACACUGAGAAAGAUCUGGUGACUUCAUUGAAAGAUUACAUCAAAGCGGAAGAGCGCAAACUGGGUGAAAUCAAACGAUGGGCAGAAAAAUUGGAUCAACUUACUGAGACAGCGACAAAAGAUCCAGAGGGUUUCCUUGGGCACCCAGUGAAUGCUUUUAAAUUGAUGAAACGACUGAACACAGAAUGGAUGGAGCUGGAGAACUUGGUCCUCAAAGACAUGUCAGAUGGAUUCAUUUCCAAUCUCACCAUUCAGAGACAGCACUUGCCAAAUGAUGAAGACCAGACUGGAGCUGCAAAGGCUCUGAUACGUCUCCAGGACACGUACAAUUUAGACGCAGAGACCAUCUCUCGGGGCAACUUGCCAGGUGUGAAGCAUAAAACAUCGCUCACGGCAGAAGAUUGCUACGAGUUAGGCAAAGUAGCCUACUCGGAUACAGAUUACUACCACACCGAGCUGUGGAUGGAGCAGGCACUGAAACAGCUAGAUGCAGGCGAGGAUUCUAAUGUAAACAAAAUCACCAUACUGGACUACCUGAGCUAUGCAGUGUAUCAGCAAGGAGAUCUGGACAAGGCAAUGGAGCUCACAAAGAGGCUGCUGACAUUGGAUCCUGAGCACCAGCGAGCAAAUGGAAAUCUGAAGUAUUUUGAAUAUAUGAUGGCUGAUCAGAAAAAUGAAAAGUCAAACAUCGCUCAGAAGACGGAAGGAAACAAAUCAGGAGAUGUUACAAAGACCAAGCGAGAGCGCGUCAAAGAUUACCUACCAGAGAGGCAGAAAUAUGAAAAGCUGUGCCGAGGCGAAGGUAUCAAACUGACACCUCGAAGACAGAAAAGGCUCUUUUGCCGUUAUUCAGAUGCAGACAGAAAUCCUUUGUACAUUCUGAGACCUGUGAAGCAGCAAGAUGAAUGGGACAAACCUCGGAUUAUCCGUUACAUUGAUAUAAUUUCUGACGAGGAAAUUGAGCGAGUGAAGGAGUUGGCAAAGCCAAGGCUGAGACGAGCCACCAUUUCUAACCCAAUAACUGGAGUGUUGGAGACAGCUCAUUACAGAAUAAGUAAAAGUGCAUGGUUGUCAGGAUAUGAAGACCCCGUGAUUAAUCGGAUUAACCAGAGGAUACAAGACCUGACAGGGCUUGAUGUUUCCACAGCCGAGGAGCUGCAGGUGGCCAAUUAUGGGGUAGGAGGCCAAUACGAGCCUCACUUUGACUUUGGACGGAAAGAUGAGCCAGAUGCAUUCAAAGAGUUGGGGACUGGAAACAGAAUUGCUACCUGGUUAUUUUACAUGAGUGAUGUAGCAGCCGGUGGAGCCACAGUUUUUCCUGAAGUAGGAGCAGCAGUGUGGCCACAAAAGGGCACAGCAGUAUUUUGGUACAAUCUGUUUCCCAGUGGAGAAGGUGAUUACAGCACCCGACAUGCAGCUUGUCCAGUAUUAGUGGGAAACAAAUGGGUGUCUAAUAAAUGGAUCCAUGAACGUGGGCAGGAAUUCCGAAGAAGAUGUAACUUGUCCGAGUGGGAUUGAUGUUCCCUAUGCCAUAUGUGAAUUGCACCCUCUAGCCACACCAUCUCCACUACAACACGGUUUCUGUUCAGACUCUUAACAUCACUCGCUGUCUUCGCAACCCUCCUGCCUGCUGCCGACUCCACCCACCCAUCUAGAAUCCGUCUGAUGUGAAGGUUUCGUUGUUACCUGCUAUAUGAAGACUUGAAGACGGUUCUUGUUUUAUAAUCCUAUCUGUUGACCGGUUUUAUUGAAGCAGAGUUGGGCUGGUUAGAGAACUGGAAAUGUUCCUUAAAAUCAUAAAUUUUCUACUAUAAUUGCAUUUCUCCUUAAUUUUAUUUUUUAAGAAAAAUGUUUGCUAAAGGCUCUAUUCAGCAAAUUGAUUUAUAAAGGGUGAUUUUGCAACGCUGAGAUACUGACAUGAAACUAAAAGCAUGAGAUCCAUCCUUGGAGCAAGGAUUAUGGAGUCAUUCCCUCUGAAGUAUGUUUUACUUGGGUACCUGUUACAUCAUGUGCCUUUCAGGGAUUGUUCUGUUGGAAAUUGGUUCUCAGCAUUUGGUCCGGUCUUAUGAAAUGCUUCCCUGAAAGAGCAAGGAGUUUGCUUUUCAAGGCUUCCUGAUUAAUGAAGUGUUUUCUUCCAGAACUGGAGUUGUUGUAGCUAUGUUUGUUAGAUUAGGGUACUGUUAAUGAUGUAGAUUUUGAAGCCACAUAUGUUCACUGAAAGAUAGAUGUUGACUUUAUUAGCCUUUUAAGUCCUUAUAUUAAAUGUAAGAAAAUAGUCUGCAUUUUGAAACUUUUCAAAAGACAGUUGAGCACCACAAAGAUUCAUUGAUCAGGGCAUUUAUUCCCCCCUUAGUAACGAGUGAAUUAUGUCAGAGAUAUUUAGUUUUGCAAUUGUAAAGAGAGAGAGAUGUGAAAUUACUUAUUUAAAUAAGGUGGCUGUUUUUCUACUGCAUUCUAACAUAUGUAUGGAGUAUACCAGUAAUAACUCUCCCAAUGUGAUGCACUGUUUUUGUGUGGUAUACUCCGACAACAAGACUUGAUGCAGUUUUGCAAAAAACACUACAUCACUCCUGACCUUUUGUUGUGUCCUUGUAUAGCUACCAUUUGCUGCUCUUUCUAACUGUUGACCAUCAACUCUGCCGUUGAAACGUGUGAUACAGAUCAUGUGGCAUAAUCGAGUUGUUAUCCCAGCAUCAAGCAACAAUUAGACUGUGCCUAUGGUUUAAGCACCUUUUGAAAUGAUUCAGCAAUGAUGUGUUACUGUCUACUUACUAGAAAGACUGAAUUGAUACUUGGAUUUGUAUCUUUAUUCCUGUGUGUUUUUUUUAAAAUAUGUACUUCAUAAGCAUUAUUGUUCCUCUUCCUCAGAGUUUACCCAGUUAACCAUUAUAUAAAAGGUAAACUGUUUAAAUAAAGGAGUAUGAAAAAAUGUGGAAAUUAGAAACCGUCAAUGAUUUAAGAAGAACUGGUUGGUGUAGGGAUGCAAAAGGAAUGUUUUGAUUUGAAUAGCAUAAGUGGAUUAACCAGGUGCCCAGGUGAAUCUUUUUCAAAGGAAAUGGGCUUUUUUUUCUGUGCUGUCAAUGGGAGAAAUGUGUAUUUAUAUAUCUUUUAUUUUUAAAAUAAAACCAGCCCUUUUCUCUGUUUUGUUAAAAUA